AUGGUUGGAGAGGAAGGGGGAGAGGGAGAAAUUUGCGUCAUUGCAAAAAGUGCCGAUUCCCCACGCGCGAAAAAAGGGGAUGGUAAAACUGAUCAAGAUAUUGAUGCACCCGUUUGCUCGCCAGAAGAAAAGGUUAUUGGACCCCCUUCCGUUUCUUCAACCACUUCUUCCGUCUUCUCAUCCCCAUCGUCCAAUAAUGCAUCCACUUCCUCCUCUUCUUCCUCUUCCACGAGUUCUUCUUCCACUAGUACAACAAGUGCAACUACAUCGGGAUCAACUUCUUCGACAACACCCUCUGUGUCUUUCAUCUCGAACUCGGACGACGAUGAGAAGACUUUGGCUCAAGAUUCCAAAUGGUUGACAGCGGAUGCAUCUCCACCCACUCCGCCACCUCGAUUGCGACGAACGGAGACAAAAAAAGCGGAGGAUGAUGUCUCGGAGACGGGCAGCAAUAUCUCUGAUGUACGGACGACGGAGCCUAUCACUGCUUCCAACGACGCCAUCGCUGCUGUCACUCCUGUCACACGUGGUGCCACUACUGACACCUUACCGCUGGUUCUAGACCGUCAGGACAGCACCGUCGAGCUCUCUGAAUACGCACCCAAAGGCAAAGUGCUUUCUACUCCCGACUCGAAAGUGAACGCUACCAACAGUGUUGACGAAGAAGCAAAAGUGGAGGCAGAAAAAGACAAACCUGUGGAAGACGAUUCGGACACCUCAAUCUCCCUCUCUUUGUCGUCUGAUGAGGAGGAGGAGGAGGAAGAUGGUGAUAGUAGCGGUAGUAGUAGCACCACUACCACAAGUAGUAGCACCAGUUCCUCCUCCUCCAGUAGUAGCAGCAGCAGUAGUAGCACUAGUAGUGAAACUGAAGAAUCAAGGCAUGUGGCGGCUGUAAAGACCCGCAAAUCCCUUGGAGAGCGCGAUCCCUUUUCAGAUGUUGGUAGUGAAGAGGACGGUGUAAUUGCCGAUGAUGCGGUCCCAGUGAAGAUGGCCACAAAGAAUCAAAAACUCGAGUCAUCGGAUGGAAACAAAAAGGUCUCCAAGACUUCUCAAGACGUGAAAACAGACAUGACGCAAUCGAAAUCAAAGACUGAAGAAAAGCAAAGUUCUUUAUCAACUCAACUCCAAAAAACGUCACGACAUCGUUCAGGAGGCACAGAAAAUGCGAACCAACAUCGACUUCCACGCUUUGGCUCCUUGCCUUCUAUCGCCUCUCCCAAACUUGCUGAUGAGGAUCUGGAGGACACACCAAUGCGGACAGCAUCGGUGGGUGACGAGGAGGUCAAGUCACGUCCACAGACCAUUACACCACAAAAACCUAGGGCUUCUUCAAAGCACAAAAAAGGUGAAGAAGCGGAGAAGAAGGCGGUUCAUACAAAGGAGACUUUCACGGAAACAUCAAAACGUCCAAGGAAAUUUACAUCAAGUGUACGGCUGGAUCUUGUCUCCCUGAACAGGGCGCCAACUGAUACCCACAGAAAUGUUGUCUCAUCGGAUUCCACAAAUUCUCCAAGCACUGCAAGUCGGUAUAUUUUACCGAGACUGUCAACAGAGGCUCCACUUAAGCAGACCCCUCUAAUUCGUAUGGGACCAAAGGAGGAGGAGCGACAGGCAAACAUUCCAACUGCCUCUGAUCUAUCCAUUCCACGACCAAAGAAUCUCACAAUUUCUGCCAAAUCUUCCACUCUUGAACCGCAGCGCCGAAGGCACCAUGAGACGCAUAUGGGUGAGCCUGUAACCUCUCAGACCUCGGCACCGAUAUCGCCUAUCAACAGACCCACCUACAUCACCUCAUUGUCAGCAAAGCGCCAUCUAAAUGAUGGUCAAGAUGGUAACACAGCCUACUGCAAGCGUUACGUCUAUCCUGACGGUGUGGUCUUCCACACCACUGGAUCUCGUAACACCUCCUCACCCACCAGUGUCGCCUCUCUGCAUCGACAGGAUUCCCGAAAAUCUCGCCAUGUGGUUAUCCCCACCUCUCCUAUGAGCAGCAGUCCCAAAACUCGGUCCGUUUCCUCAGUACAGCCUUAUCAUACACACCACCACCACCAUCACACCAAUGGCGUCAGCAUUGGUGUUGGCAGCAGCAACGGUGGUCUCAAUGGGCCUCGAGAGCUGAACGAAAUGGAGCUUUGUGAGACAACCGCACCUGUUCACCGCCGAGCUGCAAAUAUGCGUGGACAGUCAGCACGACCGAGGUCGUUAAUGGAGAUUCAACCAGGAUCACCUCAGCAGUCGUCUCUUUCGCCUAUUGGAGUAACUGAAAUGGCUGGAAUGGGCGUAGAGAAGGCGAUGCGGCAUUUACCGUACACGGUGUCUGCAUCCGCACAUCGAACAAAUGGGUCCGUUUCAUCCACUGCGAAAGUCAGUCUCAAGAGUUUCGCUCGCAAAGACAAGAAGGGUGAAGAAAACGGCUAUGUGCACACACGGGCUGGUUCGCGGACACGGUUCAGCACCAGUUUGGAGGUGAUUGAAGCUGACGACUACGAUCGACGCUCGGAGAAAACGUGGGCCAAACUUACUCCCUCCGAGAAGGCCUCAAUCCGAGAAGAGUUAAAUUUGUACAAGUCAAACGAAAUGAAAGUCCAUGAGGACAGCCGGCAGUACACAAGGUUCGCUAUUUACAACGACAUAAAAAGAGUCCUACUGUUUUGGUUUCAGUAG